CUGUGUUUCAUUUACCCCGUAUGCAGAGGGAUUGGUUUGGCGAAGGGGUGUGUGGACUGAGAGGCGGGUUGUGUGUGUGUGUGUGUGUAUGUUGUUAGCUUCACCGUUUAGCUCAAGCUGUCAAUACGUUGCAGAAAAGAAGUCAAAGUCGGUUCGGCUAACAGGCUGCUAACAAAAACUAGCAGUGGUGUUUGGAGGCACGGCAUGACCGUGCUGUCGCGUGUCUCUUUGUUGUUGUUGUUUUUUUCCUGUGUGAAGGAUGUUUGUUUUUUUGUUUAUUUCUUUUUUUAGCUGACCGGCUAGCUAAGUUUGGGAAGUGAGGAGAUAAGGGAGCAAAACAGGACCUAGCGCUGCUUCCACAGACCUAUGCGACUGAAACCAGGUGAGUGAUGGAGGCAAGAGAGUUGUACGUGGUGGCUGGAAGCUUCAUUGGGUUCCAGCUGUUCUUUUCUGGAGUCAGCCCAUUAGUGUCAUCUACGUUAACACAGGGCUAUGGGAAACUCCCACCCAACAAACUCAACGAGUGGAACUCCAGGCUCGUGUCCACUGUCCAUGCUGUGAUUGUCGGACUUUUCUGCCUUUACAUCCUGUGGUUCGAUGACGACGUCAACGCGGAUCCAGUCUGGGGAGAUCCGAGUCUGGUAAAGCUCAAUGUCGCCAUUACCUGUGGAUACCUGCUUUACGACCUUUUGCUACUCGCCUGCAACUGGAGCACCAUGGGAGACAGCUUUUUUGUGUGUCACCACUUGGCGGCACUCUAUGCAUACGGAUAUGUGCUGACACGAGGGGUGCUUCCGUAUUUUGCAAACUUCCGACUUAUUUCGGAAUUAUCCACUCCAUUUGUGAACCAAAGGUGGUUCUUUGAGUCGCUGGCAUAUCCUCGCUCUCACCGGCUGGUGGUGGCUAACGGUGUGGCUAUGGCUGUUGCCUUUUUUCUGGUGCGUAUCGCUGUGAUGCCGCCAUACUGGGCAAAAGUGUUUGGUACGUUUGGAACGCCAGCAUUCAAAAGGCUCGGUCUUGGUGCACAGGUGGCCUGGAUUGUUUCCUGUGUAGCUCUGGAUGUGCUCAACAUUGUAUGGAUGUACAAGAUCGCCCGUGGCUGCUACAAGGUCAUCACCGGAGCGAGUAGCAAGAAAAAGGGUGUCAAGGCGAGCUCAGAUGAGGUCAACCAUGUCAACAAUCACGUGGACUAAACAACGUUGGUCGUAAGCAGGGGACGAGAUUGAAAUUGGCAUACCGGACCACAGUUUUAAGAUUUUUAGUCUUCCCUGCCAGACCAGGAACAUGGUACAGUAGCUGCUGCUUAUUUGAAAUCUUGCUCCAAAAAUAUGAGACAGUUGAGUCUGCGAUGUUCUCUGUUGCCUGGGUUGAAGGGAUCAUCAAUAGAGGCAUUGUGGAAAUGAACAUCAACAAGCAUACAGUAUAGACCCCGUUGCUUCAGCCACAAGUGCCUCAAUACCCAAGGACCAGACGUUAAGGACAGACAUAAAUUCGAACUCUGAAAGGUACCUUGUAAAGAUUUUCAGUUGUCUGACUGAUGUACCACUUCUUGGGGUCUUCCUGUUUUUAGACACAGUGAGCAUUCACACAAACACACCACUGUGCCUCUUACCUACAGGUCUCGGAGUAUUUUUCUUUGAAACGAUCACCACUGUUUUUUUGUUUUGUUUUUGAAUGCUCAUAUUUUUGUGUCUACCGCAUCAUCCUUUUUUUGUGUGCAAAGCACUACAGGUACACUACUGCUCUCAAUAUCACACUAUACUUGUAAUUUACAGCCAUCACUGUAUUUUCAGAUCAGAUCCAUCCAUUGGUCAAAAUGUCAUCUCUACCUCUCUUUCUUGGCACCAAGACUCUUAUUAUUGACUGAAGUAGACACAGCAGGAUCUCCACUCAUGUUCAGUCAUACAUUUAAGAUUCCCUGCUUUCAGUAUUACUGUCCAAGCCUCCCCUUUUGUGUACCUUCACGACACAACAAGUCUCUGUUGCUGUGUCCUUACUUAGUGUGGUGUAAGAAACUAAAUAAGAGGUCUAGCAGGUGCCUUCUUCAAUGCCAGUGGAAUACUCAUUUCGUCGUCACCUCCCUCAGGCAUGUUGGCAUCAUGUUUAUACAAAGCCUGUAUACACGUCCAAUUAGGUGGUUACUUGAUUUUCAGCCUAGUGCUGAUAUAAUUUCUUUCGGUCUACUUCAGGGAAAUCUGUCCUUCUCUGUUGGCUACCCCGCAAUUUUAUUAGUAGUUCUGUCUAGCCGCUAGAGAAUCCUAGUUUCACCUUCACCACAAUUUGUGUAAUGUACUUUUUUUGUUUUGGUUUUUUUCUUCCCCGGAUUGGUCUCAGUAGGUGACAUUAUUUUUAAAUGUCAAACUUUGUGAGAUUGUUGUUUGUCUCAUAGUCUAUGGUGCUUCCUACUACCAGCCGUUGUCUCUAAAUCGUACAUCUGCUUCAGCUGUCUGAACCGACGGCUCAAGCAUGAAAAAGCUGACUGUGUCCUUUAUUCAGAAUGUAUUCAGUCGGGAUGUACAUAUAAUUAUUUUUUUUCCCCGUAUGUUUAGGCUAAUAGUGCAGUUUUAGCCCAUAUGUCCACUUUUAACUUAAGCACAAGUAAUGGCAGUCAUUUAAAUUCAGCACCUUGGGUAUAAAAAUAUAACAGUCUAUAAUGUUUUAACAACAAUAACAUUUUAUUCACAGAUAUCAUGCAAUUAAUUAACGCAAAAUGGCACAUGCUCUGGCACUGAGGUGCACAACUCCUCGAUGGCCUGAAUCCAGCAAGGCAUUUCCUGCUUUAAUACACCUCCUAAACCUGGUAAUUAACCUGAAGGUUGAAUUAGAUGUCUUUAAGCAGGGAAUAAGAGAACUUAACAGUAUUCUGGCCUGGACUUGGGCUGUGCACUACUGUGUCUCUUCAUCAAUAGCUUUGACACAUUAGCAAGCCAAUUAAUGCAUUAACAUGACAGUACAUAUGCUUUAUGGUAUAUACUAAGGUCAUUAGACAUUUGAACACCAAGCAUGACUGAUAAUUUUUCUGUAACGUUAGGAGUUACACACUACUCAACUAAGUAUCUCUGAUAAAUUCAUUCUGAGUAAAUGAAUUAAUACCAGGUUAUAAUGUGGGGGGUUUGUUUGUCUUGUUGUUCAAUGCUGUCCUUUUCUGUUUAGUAUUACAAGAUGCUUUAACCCAUAUAAGAAUCAGUAUUUUGCCUCAAACAUGCAUGCUUAUCUCCCAAAUCUUAGCUAUUGAUUGUUUGGAAUCAUAAAUAGGCAAUCAGAAAUGUGGCCUGAUAAAGUGAUUUGUUAAAGGGGGGAAUCAUGGGGAGUGCAGUUUAUUGCCUUGCAAUAUACUCUGUCAGUAAAUACAUUUUUCCUUGGUAUUUAAAGCUGUGACAAGAAUCAGACUAUUGGUAGAAGAAUCAGACCAGUACAUUUACAAUUCUGACCUGUGCGAGCGAAUGCCAGGUAUUUUCAAUGUGAUUAUAGUGCAAUUAAAUCAGUGAUGCUGUCUGACAUAAGCUAUGGGCGAUGGUUCUGAACAAGUGGCGCUACUGUUGCACGCCGUAAUAUGUAGCUUUUUGUAGGAUUUCUUUUGAGUGCACCUGUGUGGAGCUGCUUAGAAUGAAUAGCAAGCUUGUCCACUUUUGACUGGAAAUCACUACUAGAGAUUUUGUAAAUUUCUUUACGAAAAUAGACAAUGCAUUAAUGAAACGGAACUUUAUUGUAUUCGGAUUAUAGUAUUUUUAAGUUGUUAUUUGCACAAGGCAUGCGUUUUCAGUUCAGGUAUGGGGAAUUAUUAGCUAAUAUGUGCAUAUGGAUUCUCCAAGAACUAUAAUGUUAGAAUAAUUCUAACAUUGCCAUCUCACUGAUUUAAAUGAUAAACAUGGUACAGCUAGACUCCUACAGCUUUGACGUUAGCACAGGGCAUUAGCAUCUCUUCUUUUUUUUCUUUUCUUUUUUUUCUUUUGUAUGUUUAAAAAGACAAGUCGAUGAAAUACUGUCAUGCUGCAUGCUUAGAAUAUACAAAGAAUUAUAUCUUGAUUGACUUGAGUUUCUCUCAAUGAUUUUCAUGUUGUGCAAUCAUUUGGCCAGGCACAUCCCAAGUAAUCAGGUUAUAUAUGGAAUGUGAAUAAAAUGUAACUGUAUUUCUGGAAAAAUAGACUAAACCAGCAAUAAUAAAUGAAAAAAAAAAGUAAUAAGUGAGUAAAAGUAAGAAUAUAAUGAUAAUGAUUGUAUGUCCUUUUGCAUUUAACUCCCUUUUAUUGUCUUUUAUUGCAACUUGCAUAUUUCCCAUUUGCUUUGAGUCUCGGGCUUUUAACAUGAAAGUGUAAAUUAAACUCGACACUUCAAGCCUCUGUCUUAGAAUUUAAACAGCAUGACUAUGACAAAAGAGCGGUUGUGUCUUACUUAAAAGUUUUGCUUUUCAAUAAAUCCGAGGGCAUUGAAAACUCAA